UUUAGGGUUUCAGUUGUUGUGUUUUUCUGAAAUUAGGGUUUCGAACAUAAAUAAAAUUUGGGGCUUUUUGUGUUCAAUGAACUGUGGCUAAUCUAUCUGAAUAAUACUCGUGAAUAGAAUAGUUUGAAAGCAUUUACAUGGAUAUAUAGACUGUAUUUUGUGUAUUGAGGUUUAGAUCGGUUCUUUGUAAUCGUGAAGUUUGUUUGAGUUGUAAUUCUUUUGUUAAUGAUGUUUAUGAUGGGUUGGUGAUGUAUAUGAUAGGUUUUGUUUAGUGUAUGCAUAUAUAUUAUGCUAUAUUGAUGAUGAAGUUGAAGUUGACGUAUAUGAAUGGUUGUUUGUAAUCGGUGAAGAUAAUUUUGAGUUGGGUUUAGUUUGUUUGUUAUGUUUAUGAUCGGGUUUAGCUGUAUGUGAUAGUUCUUGCUUAGUGUAUGCAUAUAUAUCAUGUUAUAUUGAUGAUGAAGUUAAAGUUGAUGAUGAAAAUGUUGUUGUGAAUUUUUUUGCGAGGGUAAAUUGAGAGAGAGAGCACUAGGGAAUCUUGAUGAUCAACAAACUUCCUUCUAAACUCAGCCCAAAAUGCAAGGGAAAAAAAAGCUAACUUUAUUGAGCAAUCAGAUCUCAUCGAAAAUCAAUCGAAUCAUUGCCUAAAAAAAGUAGCAAAACCAGUGGCAAUAUCUCCCAAUCGACUGUAGUGUCCCGAUUUCAAACUUCGUCUGUCUUGGAUUGCAACCUGAAUGGCAUGGAAUUGAUUUCUUCUUCAACCAUUGGAAACUCAGCUCUGUGUUUAACCCUAAUCUCCAUUCUCCUCUUCUUCUUCCUCACUACAACCAUUCCCAGUUUCCCGGAUCACCCUUCAAGCUCCCCUAUUACUCCGAAUCGCUCUCUUCUCGACGACUCCAACGUCACAUCCACUGUGAAUCAGAGCUCGAGCGCUAAUUCCGAAUCCUCUUGUCUCUCCGCGAGAUCCCACGAUGAUGGCGUCAUCAACUAUUUCUCCCUCCAUUCCUGCAUCUUCAACGAAAACCUAUUCCUCUCGAUCCCAGUCUUGUCGCUCCUCAUUCUUCUACACUUCUACAUACUCAUCAAAACCGCACAGACCCACUUCUCCACCGUCACGACCAAGCUCGCCGAUCGCCUCAAUCUCUCUCCCAGCAUGGCGGCUGUGACUCUCUUGGCCUUAGGUAACGGCGCACCGGACGUAUUUGCCUCCGUCGCCGCCUUGCGUGGUGGUCAGUACCGAACCGGAUUCGGAGCAAUCUUAUCCGCCGGAACCUUUGUCUCGGCCUUUGUCGUCGGGUUUGUCGCCAUCUACGCCGCGCCGUUUCCGGUGGACGCCGCGUCCUUCGUCAGGGAUGUGCUUUUCUACCUGAUAGCUGCUUCCUUCUUGUUCUAUGUGUACUUGAGUGGCGAGAUAUUCGUGUGGCAAGCAAUUGGGUUCGUGGGGUUUUACAUUUUCUUCGUCGGCUUCGUCUUCUGGAUGGAUUUUGGUACCAACGUUGAAAAAGGGAAAGUCAUCAGUGAGGAAGAGAAGGACUUGUUGAGAGUUAACGAUUGCGAGAUUGCAGGUCCUCCCGAGAGCUAUAAAGCAGAGAAAGAACAUCGAUUUUCCGGGAUUUUUCGGCUUUAUGGGACGAUCUCGAGGAUGUGGGAAGCUCCUGUAUCAAUUCUUUUGAUGCUUACAAUCCCAAAAACUUCUCCUUCUGAAUGGUCUCGGUUUUACCGAUCUGCCAACAUUGUUUUCUGCCCUCUUGCCCUUUUGUACACUUGCAACUCCUUUGUACCUCUAAACCACCCGAUUUCAUUCCUCUUUCCAAACACCCAUCUCCCACUUUGGCUUGUCGUCUUCUUCAUGACGUCUUCCCUUGCUUUCCUUCACUUCACAGUCGAGAAACAGCCUCCAAAAACCGAGCAAAUGCCAGUCAUCGUUGUAGCUUUCAUAAUGAGUGUUUUCUGGAUAUCAACAAUUGCUGGUGAGCUCCUUAACUGCUUGGCCGCACUUGGAACGCUCCUGAAAUUGCCUCCGGCGCUCCUUGGCCUAACCGUUCUUGCUUGGGGAAACUCGGUUGGUGACCUUGUUGCUGACGUGGCAGUUGCAAAGGCGGGUCGACCAGCAAUGGCCAUGGCUGGUUGCUUUGCGGGUCCAAUGUUUAAUAUGCUUGUUGGACUUGGAACGGCCUUGGUGAUGCAAACAGCUAAUGUAUAUCCAAACGCUUACGAACUUGGAUUCCAUGUAGGUAUUGUGAUCGCUUUCGUCUUCUUGUUGCUUAGUUUAAUGGGAUCUCUCUUGGUUAUAACCUGGUCUAGAUUCCGAGUUCCGAGGUUCUGGGGGAUCUGUCUUGUUGGACUCUAUGUUGUUUUCACGUUUGUUAGUCUUAUCAUCGCCAAAUUUUCAACCUGAUCAUAUAUGUUUGAAGUUUGCGCGUUGAAAAUCUUGGGUGAAGACCAGAAUUCGAAGAGAAUUGGCAAAAUUUCUGAGGUUGGCAAAAAUGGCCACAGGUAAUCUCAGAAUCUCAUAGGAAGUUCUUGUGAUCGUCUGUGAGGCAGAUUAGGAAAGUUUGGUAGAUAGGUGCAGGAUGGUAAAGUAUACAUGUGAAGAGCAAGAGCAGAGAAGCUAUGCAGAUUUUUUUGGGAGAAGAUUUUGGAUUCCUGGUUUCAGACCGGUUUCCGUUUCUACUGAUUAUACUGGUUUGCUUUACCUGAAUGGUAUAUGUAUAAACCACACACAUUUGUAUUCUUUUGAUAAUUAAUGAGAAAUAGUUUGCGUUCA